AUUAUUAUCAUUAUUAUUUAUAUUGUUUUGACUUCCUUUAACACUGAUUUCCCCGUCGAUGAUUACCACCGACCAGUCGACCAGUUGGAAAUGGAUUUUAUUUAUUUUUAGAGGUAAACGAAUUUAGAAUGGACACAGGUUUGGUGAAAAUAGUUUUGUGGAGUCAUUUCGCCCGCAUAUUCCUACCGCUUCACGUGGAGUAUUUCUCGGGUAUCAAUUGGUUGAUAAUUUUCGGGGAUAUUUAUCAUUUAUUCACAUGUUUGCCAAGUGCUUCCCCAAGAAAUACUCGUCCGACGAGUCAGAGUCGGCGAAUUUCGUCACUGUCUUUCAGACGAAAAUCUUACGGUGGCUUAUCUCGUUUUUUAUUCAUUUCUAAUAUCCUGAUUGUUGAGCACAAAUAUCGUAGGUUAUCAGUCAGAGAUAAAAAAAGUCUUGCCACGAUUUUAUUAUUGUUAUAA